GUCCCGAUGCACAAGUCACGGCAACCCUGGGCGGAGAUGAAGGCGGACUCCGACUGGCUCUGAUUUUUAAAAGCCCUUUUCAUUCAGGAGGUUGGUUGCCAGCGGUUAUCAAUAUGGCAGAUCCGUUAUCCCAGCCACCCACCGCUGCAAAAAUGGCGUCACUUAACCGGGUCCGAGCUCUGGCGAUGAUUUUCUUAACUGUCACUGGCUGUUGUGUCACCCCGACAAGUGGCAAAGAAGGGUCCGAGGAGACCGUCAUCAUAGGGCUCCGACUGGAGGACACGGACGACAUUUCCUUCAUGGAUAAGGGCUACCUGCGGGUGAGUGAGCGGUCUCGGGUGAAAUUGAGGGUGUACGGGCAGAACAUCAACAACGAGACCUGGUCCAAAAUUGCAUUCACGGAACACGAGCGGAGCCGGGCAGUGGGGAGCCUUGACAGCUCCUCGGGGGAUAACCAGAGCCAGGAGGACUCGUCCGGCUUGCAUCCCUGCGGUAUUAGGACUUCGGAUAUAAUUAUAUUGCCCAACAUCAUCCUGAACAGAAAGACGUCCGGAAUAGUUGAAAUCGAGGUCAAACCUCUGCGGAAGACGGAGAGGAGUAAAGCGUAUUACCUUUGCAUCGCCACCUCGACGCCGGCCGUGGCCGGGAUGCACGACCCGUGGACGGAGAACACCUGGAUCUACCACGAUGGGGAUGACACCAAAGUGAUAGUGGUGGAGGAGAAAAAGUUUCUGCUGCCUUUCUGGCUCCAGGUCAUCUUCAUCUCCAUGUUGCUUUGCCUGUCCGGCAUGUUCAGCGGCUUGAACCUGGGGCUCAUGGCUCUGGACCCAAUGGAGCUCCAGAUCGUCCAGAACUGCGGCACGGAAAGGGAGAAGAAUUACGCCAAAAAAAUAGAGCCGGUCAGGAGCCAAGGGAAUUACUUGCUUUGCUCGCUUCUGCUCGGGAACGUGCUGGUGAACACCACGCUGACCAUCCUGCUGGAUGAUAUCGCGGGUUCGGGCUUGAUCGCGGUGGUCAUGUCCACCAUCGGUAUCGUCAUUUUCGGGGAGAUCGUGCCGCAGGCCAUCUGCUCCAGACACGGCCUCGCCGUCGGCGCCAACACCAUAUUCCUCACCAAGUUCUUCAUGCUGCUCACCUUCCCCGCGUCCUACCCGGUGAGCAAGCUGCUGGACUACCUGCUCGGACAGGAGAUCGGGACCGUGUACAACCGGGAGAAGCUCCUGGAGAUGCUGCGCGUCACGGACCCCUACAACGACCUGGUGAAGGAGGAGCUGAACAUCAUCCAGGGCGCGCUGGAGCUCAGGACUAAGACCGUGGAGGACGUGAUGACGCCGCUGAGAGAUUGCUUCAUGAUCCCCGGGGACGCCACCCUGGACUUCAACACCAUGUCCGAGAUCAUGAAGAGCGGCUACACGCGCAUCCCCGUCUUCGAGGGCGAGAGGUCCAACAUAGUGGACCUGCUCUUCGUCAAGGACCUGGCCUUCGUGGACCCGGAUGAUUGCACCCCGCUCAAAACCAUCACAAAGUUUUACAGCCACCCGUUGCAUUUUGUGUUCAAUGACACCAAGCUGGAUGCGAUGCUGGAGGAGUUUAAAAAAGGAAAAUCCCACCUGGCCAUAGUUCAGAGGGUGAACAAUGAGGGUGAGGGAGACCCCUUCUACGAGGUUCUGGGUAUCGUCACCCUGGAGGACGUUAUUGAAGAAAUCAUCAAGUCAGAGAUCCUGGACGAGACUGACUUGUACACUGACAACAAGACGAAGAAGAAAAUCACCCAUCGGGAAAGGAAGCAGGAUUUUUCGGCCUUCAAGCUUACUGACAAUGAAAUGAAGGUUAAAAUAUCACCUCAGCUUCUGCUGGCUACCCUGCGUUUCCUAGCAACAGAGGUUGAGCCAUUCGCACCAGUGCAGAUGUCAGAAAAGAUUCUGCUGCGCUUGUUGAAGCACCCAAACGUCAUUCAGGAGCUAAAAUAUGAUGACAAGAACAAGCGAGCAGCAGAGCACUACCUCUUUCACAGGAACAAGCCCGUGGAUUAUUUCAUCCUUAUUCUGCAGGGGAAAGUGGAGGUGGAGGCAGGAAAGGAGGGGAUGAAGUUUGAAGCAGGACCCUUCUCCUUCUACGGGAUGAUGGCUUUGACAGCGUCGCCAGUGCCUCUGUCCCUGUCUCGUACAUUUGCUGUCAGCCGGGCCGAGUCAUUAGCAGGAUCUCCAGAGAAUAAAUCUCCCCCGCGGCCGUUCGGACUGAACCACUCCGACUCUCUGAACAGGAGCGAUCGCAUAGACGCCAUCACGCCGACUCUGGGCAGCAGCAACAACCAGCUCAACUCCUUCCUGCACAUCUACGUGCCCGACUACUCGGUCAGAGCGCGCUCAGACCUGCAGUACAUAAAGGUGUCGCGCCAACAGUACCAGAACGCCGUGAUGGCGUCGCGGAUGGACAAGACCCCGCAGUCCACGGACGGCGAGUUCACCAAGAUCGAGCUCACGCUGACGGAGCUCCACGACGGCGUGGAGAGCCCCGCCAUCGUCACCACCUCCUCCUCCACCACCGCCGCCGCCGCCACCACCACCACGGCCGGCACCACCAGCUGCCCCCCCGCCGUGACCAUCGCGGUGGCCAACGAGACGUCCCACCUGCUCAACCAGCAGCAGAACUGUGUGGGCCUGAGCAGGAGCAACCACAGCGCCCACAACGAGGGACCCAUCUAGCCCCCUGCCGAGCACCGGUGGAGACCCCAGACCCUCCACCCUGUCUCGUGGACCUACACACACAGAGCGGUAGCUGGAGAUGAGGGAAAGCGGGGAAGCGGAGGCAGGUGGAGUAAAGGGUUCUGCUCCGACCAGUAGCCCCCCAGUCAGUCAGUCAGUCAGUCAGUCAGUCAGUCAGUGAGACCCUCCCACUGAGGGGCAGCGGGAAACACGGGUGCUGCGUCACCCUGAAACGCCCCCCACCUGAACGCUGUCAGAAACCCUGCUGUACUACACCCUCUCCCAGAGGGUGCACCUGGACAGAACCUGUGACUGAGCUUCUUCUUUUUUUUUUUUUUUUUUGGGACAAUCUGACACUUUCAUAGCGGUGACUUGGACUAGAGGACGACAGAGUGCAUGCACACACACACAACACGACACUCUCUGUACUUUCUCCUCAGGCCAAAGACUUUGGUCCCCCCCCUCCCCGUCUCCCCGUCCCCGCCUCCCUCCCCACAUCCCAUUUCACACUCCCUCCGCGCACACACACACACACAGUCAAACGCAUUCACAUUCUCACACAGCAACAAAUGCAGCUCCCCCUCCGGUGCAUCUUUCAGGGAGGCUCAGUCGACCGUUGAUCCCAUCAGCGAGGACUCAAACCCACCGUUUAGUCAGAGACCGCACCAAAAACCGCUUUGAGAGAAAAACCGUCAAACCACGAACCAAGAAUGUUUUCCUGUAUUUAUUUAUUUUAUAAUAUUGUAUGUACAUAUGUAUGCGUGGGGACGUGAUAUGACGUGACAUGACGCACGCAUGAGGGUCAUAUCAAAACGAACAUGCAGCAUAUAUGGGGAUAAACAUCCAUUCAUGUAUAUGAGGAGGUGAGGGUCUUUUACAGAUACAUUAUGUAUAUUGCAGAUUAUUUUUACUAUUAUCCUAAAUCAGGCUUAUGGUACAUUAUCUUUUUCACCUUUAAAAAAAAAAUCACACUAUUGCCUUUAAGAGAAAUCAUAUAAUUAAUUAUUUUAACAGAGUGCAAUGAAACGCAAUUUAUUUAAGAGAUGAUUAUAAAUGAAUAAAACAAAUUGACUGUAUUAUAAACUGACAGAUAUAUUUGUAUGUAUGUACUGUAUCUAUAUGUAUAUUUGUUUCUGAAGACUGCAGCCAUCAACAAGCAAAAUUGUCCUUAGUCAGUCUCUCUUCCUUUGUGUUUUUGCAUCCUUUGACCUCAACCACGUCUUGUAGCGUUCUUGUGGGAGCUAUGAUGCCUUGGGUGGGCUUACCAGCUGAAAUCAUUGUUUUCUUUGUUUGAUUUUUUUUUUUUUUUUUUUAUGUACAUCACAAAACCACGCUGUUUUAACAGGGGUGCGUAGAUGUUUGCUAUCCACUGUAGUGGUGGGGCGUAUGGUUGUGUGUGUGCGUGCUUGUGCGUGUGAAAGAGUCAACCCUAUGCAUGUGUAUGCACGAGUCUUUCCUUUCUUUUCUUUUCUUUUUUUUUUUGCCAAUCAUUUUAUGCAUAAUCAAACUUGAUAAUUGCACAGUAUUAAUGACCUCAUCUAACAUGUUGAGCUUCAUCAACGCCACAAAAAGCAACCUCGACAUGAAGCGUGUCCACAGACGAUACACAGCUAUGUGUUUUAUUGCUAUAGCUGUACUACACGCCCUACCCUCCCCCUCCCCUCCCCUGCAUGUGUCCCUUCAGCCCAUGACAUCCACGUAUUUUGGGACAGCGGUGGAUGGGUACGAUAUGCCUCGGCUCCCUGUGUGAUGUACAGUCCUUUCUAACCUAUGCUAAAUAAUUUGGAUCAGAAUCAAAGGUAUUCUUCGCGAAUGGUGGCUGCUAUUAAAGAGACAUAUUUAUAUUGUUUUCCUUCCGCGUUAGAGGCGCUGUAGACGUAUGUGUUUAUUUCACAGUUUCAAGGAGAUUUCGGGAACAGUUGAACAUUUUGAACCUUUCCCGGCGUUCUGUCCGAGUUAGAGCGGGAGACUGAUGCCACUCGACGUCCCUAACGUCCGUACGAGCCGCAGCUCGUCUCAUUUCUCACGCGAACUGAUUUGCGUGCGCCUUGUUUUCUCCCCUGGGUUCAGGCUCACGUUGAACACAGGCAUGAGAGUGGUAUUCAUCUUCUCAUCUAACUCUCUCUCUCCAGAAUGUUCAACUGUUCCUUUUACUUACUUUCUUUUCUCGAGUAGUUUCUUGCCCUUUAUUGUUUUACCUCAUAAAGACAGGAAAGAGUUUUUUAAGAUAACGUAUGUGUGCUGGAAAGCUUUCCUGAAGCUUCACGAGUCUUAGGGUAGAGUAAUUCUGUUUACUUCAUAUCUCUAGGGGUGUAGAUUUUAAACUAUGAAGUUAUUUUUUGUGCCGCUUGCAGGCCUGUUCAUCACCAUGACAUGUACUGUGCUCUGGCAGUUUGUUUGCAGCUUUUCAGGCGACGCCAACGUGUCCUAAAGCUGGAUCUGUCUUUUAACCUUCAGUUGCAGUUUGUUACCACUGGUGGUAGCUGUUUCCUCAUGUGUUCAUUCCGUGUGCAGCGGCGCACACAUGGACACAGCAGCCCUUUCCGUCUGUUCGGCCACGAGGGCCGUCCCCGUCGUACAACCAGACACAGAGUGCGUCUGCAUCGUGUUGCAGCUGUGUCCGCUGUUGUUUACUGUUUACUUGAACGUGCUCCUAUGCAGCAGGGCCCGCUCCCCACUCCGCAGGGACAAUCACUCCCGAGACAAAGCGACGAGCGGUGGCUCAGAUUGUUAAGAUUGUGACAUUCAAACUGUGCUUUUUAUUUCUUUUUUUUUUUUUUUUUACGAGCCUGUGGAUCUCAGUGCCUGUUGAGAGAGCGAGAAGAAUUUAAAAAUCUAAACGCACAACAGGAAGCAUCAGCUGUGACUGG